AUGGAUUCUGAUGAUGAUGAGUGGUACCAUUCCCUUAGUAAGAGCAUUGGCUUAUGCGCUCUAGUCCUAUUCCUCAUCUUAGUCUAUUUCUAUGCGUGGAGUACUUACAGACGCCACAAAAGAGAUGUUGAGACUCAGCAAUCCAUUGAUGAAGUCUUAUCAACGGCCGCCUCACAAGUGGUGGACUCUCGCCGCCCACCACCACCACCACCCAUCGACAACGUUCUCCAUCCAUCGGUCAUCGCUUUACUACCCACCUUCGUAUACAAAGUAGCCCACAAGCUCCACACCAACAUUGACACACUAGAAUGUGCAGUUUGCUUGAGCAACUUUGAGGAAGGAGACAUGACCAAGCUAAUACCUACCUGUAAGCAUAUGUUUCACUUACAAUGCAUCAAUAUGUGGCUGAGCUCUCACUCCACAUGCCCCAUCUGCCGUUCUUCUGUACAAGCUUCAAUUGCAGAGGGUACAUCAGAUGAUGCUUCUUCACAAACUACUUCCAAGGAGCAUGCCUAUGUGAUUACCAUAGAUGGCCGGGCUGCAACAAACAGAUGA